AUGAUAGGGUCCAAAAUCAAACCUACUCAGGCGAUUCUUUUGGGUUUACUGAUACUUACCCUUUUGAAUGUCUAUUUUGCAUUCCGUUCCUCUUAUUCGCCAUAUUCAUCGAAAUAUCAGUCGGGCAGUCUGGCCAAGCCAGCAUCCAAAAACACGCUUCUUCAAGACUUUGGGUUCUUUUCCUCGUCGUCUUCGAAAUCAUCGUCAUCGCCGCUUAAAAACCGCGGCUACUCGGUCGUUGGAUACCACCAUGACGACGAGUCCAGCUUGGUGGUGGUCCAGAAAGCGUACCACAACGAGCACAUGGCUGAAGACAGGGCCGAUCAUCUUUGGAAUUUCUUCACGGGGGACUUGAAAUCCAACAACUACGAUUUAAAGUUGAUUGAGGGUUACAACUAUGAAAGCUAUAUUAAAACUGAGUCUCAGCUUUUGAGUAGCCUGCUAAGCCGCUCAUUUCACGACCACUUUAGAACAGAGAUGAAAUUCGCCCAUGCUUUCAAAAAAUUCUUUGGCGAUUUGGUAGCCACGAUUGAGCAGUCCCUGCCCAAUAUCAGUCCCAUCAACAAUGACGAGCACUAUCCUAAUGGUGCCAAAUUGGAAAAAUACUACGAAGUUGCCAAACAAUUAACGCCAGAGUCGAUGAAAUAUGUCAACCCUGACAAAUUGAUCCACUACCGAGGAAGAAUACCCGCAAAUGGAGGCCAUUUACGAGAGUACUAUAUCAAUGAAUUGGUAAGGUCCAAGGAGUUGCUCUCAAUGUAUCUCACUUUGAACCAGCUUGAAGUUGAUAGUUUGAAAAAAAACCACGCCAAAUUCCUCAAGUUGAUGAUGAAGGAGUGGCCUGCACCUUUGCUUGAAUUAAACACUUUCAACGAUUUUAUGAAAGGCGACGGUAUUGUUUACCUUGCAGGCGGCAAAGUUGACCAGGUGGUUUUCCUUUCGAUCAAACUAAUGAGAGACCAUGGAUCGAGAUUGCCAAUCGAAGUGAUUCUUCCCAAGAAAGAGGAUUACGAUGCUGAGUUUUGCGGUCGCAUUCUCCCUACUUUGAACGCGAGAUGCAAGAUAAUGACCGACUAUAUUCCCCAAUCCUACCUCGACAAUGCCAUGAAAAAUGUCGAAAAGUGCAAAAAGAAUAGUGAUCCCGAGUCGCAAAAGUACCCUUACAAGGCUUUGAGCUAUCAGAUGAGAAGUCUUGCCAUUCUCAUUUCCUCGUUUGAAAGAGUCUUGUACCUUGACGCCGACAUUUUGCCCUUGAGGAACCCUGAUCCUUUGUUUGAAAACAAGCCAUUCACAAGCCACCACAUGGUUGUUUGGCCAGAUUUCUGGAGAAGGUCAACAUCGCCCCAUUUCUAUGAUAUCGCUGAUAUCGCCACUGAUCCUUCUCAUCGCGAGAGGUCCUCCUAUACUAGAGGCGAUCCAAGAGGUUUGGGCAAGACUGAAGCAGAAGUCUCCUUUCACGACACAAAGGGCACCAUCCCCGAGGCCAGUUCAGAUGCGGGACAGUUGUUGAUCAACAAGCGGGUUCAUUUCAAAACACUCGUUUUAGCAUCUUACUACAACUAUCACGGUCCAGAUUUUUACUACCCGCUAUUGAGUCAAGGUGCUCUGGGAGAAAGCGAUAAGGAAACGCUUAUCGCAGCGGCACAUAAGCUCGAGUUGCCCUACUAUCAAGUUUCCGAAUUUGCUCGUGAGUUUGGACCAGUCCACAAAAACUCCAAAAAGCACGAGUUUUACGGUAUCGGGCAAUAUGACCCUAUAAUCGAUUACAUCCAAGCUAAUCCAAACGACCCGGACUACCCAAACCAGACUCCCACGAACAAGAAGAAGAAACCAGUUGUUUUCGAAUACGGGACAGAUCCCCCUGCAGGGUUUGCCUUGGAUAGUGAAGACAAGAAACUCUCCAGUUACAACUACCACCAAUUCAAAUCGUCGUCGUUGUUUUUCCUCCGUGCAAGCUGGCCAAAGCUAUACAUCGAAAGUUUAUUCCUUGAAGAUGACAAGGGACCAGUGGACAAGCUCAGUCGUAACAGAAGGAGGCUAUACGGCGAAUCAUUGAGGAAAGAAUUGGGCCGAGAAUACGAUUUCGAGUUGAAAAUGGCCGAUCAGCUUUGGGCGUGCUACUGUGAAUCUCCAAUGAUCAACAUGAACGAUAUCCCACCACCUGGCUCUGAUAAGAGAACGCAGAUCUGCCAACACGUGGAUUUGCAGAGAAAGUUUUUAAAAACCGGUGCCUGA